AUGGCGUCCGACACGCGGCCGGGCGUGCGCGACCGGGGCCUGUCGACCGCAGCGUCGAAGCUCAUGUUUCCGCCGCUGCACCAGGCAGACGAUCCACGCUUUCAUAACCCGAUUCUGCAGCAUCCGUUGCUGGACUGCGAGCAGCUCCCGAUUCCGACGCUCGACGGAGAAGUGGUGCAAGUGCCCGAGCACCUCUUACCCCUGUCGGAGGACCUCGAUACGGAUACGCUGCCGAUCGAGCAGCAUCCGUCCUAUCCGUUUGGCAAUCCCUUUUUUAUUCACCAUGCUCCGCAUACCCUGCAGCCCGCCGGCUCGUCGCAGCCCAAGCUCGAUCCACGCGUGCAUUCGAAGUUGUCGAUGCACACGCCGAGCGAUGCUGCGCGCGACGAUGCGCUGAGCUGCGUCGCGAGCGGCACGGCCAGUGCACAGGCCGCAGUCGAGGCCAAGCGCCGCGGCGCGGACGCGGACGCGGACGCUGCGGCCGGCCCCUCUUCGUAUACCCUGCAGCCGGACGGCUCGGUGGUGCUUGCGCCGCACUUGCAGAUGCGUGCGCAGGUCAUGACGGUGCCGCAGCCACCGACGUGGCCUUUCCGGCACUAUGGCCCCGGCCCCAGCGCGCGGCCCUAUGCGGCGCUCUUCCGCAGCGGCUGGCCCGGCGAGUCGGCGCCGGAAGUGAGCAUCUGGGCCGACUUUGCACUCGAGACGCUCGUCCCGCGCCCGCGCCCCGACUCGUACACGCUCCCCUCGUCGCUGCAGCAUCCCUACGCCCAAGGCGAACGCUCCGAGCGACGUGCGCGCCCGUCCGAGAUCCCUGCGGCGCUCGGCAUGGAGACCGCCGAGACGGACCACUUGUGGCUCGACGAUCCUACGGAUAUUUCCGGCUCGCUUUCGGACCACGGCCUGGACGAGGACGCGGCGAGCUGGACUGCGUCGGCGAUUGCGGCGAUGUGCAACACCGAGAUCGCGCAGCCCGACGAGCUCUUUUCCGAUGGCCUCGCGCCGAAACCGAGCCGCCUCUUUUCGCCGGCGCCCCGCGCGCGGCAGACGUCGUCGGCGUGGAUGCAGGAGGGCCAUGACUUUUGCCAUACACUCCUCUCGGUCUAUGCGCGCAAGCAGCGCAGUACACAGACCAAGCGGCGGCGCGAGCAUGCCGCGUCGCCGGGCGACGUGUACGAGUCGCGCAAAAAACACCGCAUCGACGGCGUGCCGCUCGCUAUGGAUCUCGGCCCGCCCACCGACGGCGACCGGUGGGUGUGGGGCGUGAGCGAUGCGCUCGAGCGGUAG